CUAUCAAACUCUUUUUUAAAUCUACAAAACUGGUCAGCAUCCUUUCUUGGUAGUCCAGGCAUUGCUCGACGAUGUUUCGCUGGACGUUAAUCUGCUCAGUGCUUGGGUUGUCUUUUAGGAAGCAGCUGAGAAACACCUACUAGCAUAAUUUAAAAUCAUUUAUUACAAUGCCUAAAUCUAAAGAAUAUUUGAGCUCAUCAGAUUCUGAAAGUGCUGAUUCAGAUGAGCCAAAACCAAAGAAAAAGAAACCAGUAGCUAAACCUACACCUAAGCCAGAAAAAGACAGUAAAUCUGACAAAAAGGAUGAGAAAGCAGGUCCAACAAAAAAUUCAAGUGGAGAGAGUAUGUUUCAGAUUUCCAAAAUGAGGUUUGCCACUGUCAGUGAAUUCAGGGGUAAAGCUAUGGUUAACAUCAGAGAAUAUUAUGAAAAAGAUGGAGAACUUAGACCAGGCAAGAAAGGAAUCAGCUUGUCUAUUGAUCAGUGGGAAGCUUUGAAAGAAAAAAUUCCAGACAUUGAUGAGUGUGUGAAAAAGUUGUGAACACUAUGGAGUUUAAUUAGAUCAGUUUGAGUUGGAAGUCCUUCUGUUAAUUGGUUCAUUUCAUUUCUCCUCAUCAGUGAAAGAAUUUCAAAAAGAAAACUACAACCUUAUCUCCUAGUCUUUAGUUUUAUGAAAAAGCGUUUUAAAAAGUUCCAGAGGGAUAAAUGAUUUUUUUUGUUGUUUUGCUUAAGUUUUCACACAAGAGCAUCAAAUUCCAAUUUUCUUACUGUACAAUUUUUUUUCUCAGCUCUAUAAUUUUUGUUUUCAAGUGUUGUUUUUUUCCCACUUUUCCUUUCUAAUGCACAAGAUGUUUUAACUAAUAGGAAAUUAGCUAACAUAGUCCAGCAAUCUUGUACCUAAAUUCAUUUUGUUACUGUACCCGGUACUUUUUAUAGUUUAUAAUUCUUUGUAAAAAGUUUUUUUGUCUCCACUUUUUAUGCACAAUAUGUUUGAACUAACAGACCUGAUGACUGGAAAAAAUCAUGUAUACUAAGUUAAACAUGUUUCCGUUUGAAGUAUGUAUUUCUAGUCUCAUCCUUCAAGUAAGUGAAUGUAAUGUGUUAUGAAAAUGUUAUAUAUGUUUGCAUCACAUCAAAUACGUUGGCACAUAUAUCUGGUAGCUUUGAUGUCUUAAAUAAUAAACAUUAUAAAUGUGUUA